GCUUUCCUGUGGUUUUUAAAUUCCCCGAAACAGGUUUUUGCCUGGAGGUAUUGGUGAUCCACUGCUACCAGACACGGAAGCCCGUUAAGCGAAAGCUUCUUCUAUUCCGUCCUCAACCAUUUGAACAUUGUCUAAACAUACAUUGCAAUGUAAGUUUAGACAAUGUGUACACAUGUGUACUUUAAGCCCCAUGCUUUUGGUAACUGGGUUGUUUAUUGGAGUGCUGAUCAGUCCGUCUGUACUUAUAAUAUUAUCGUUAAUUCGAUGGAGAUGAUUUAUAUUGCUAUUUCAAGCCACCUGAAAAGGAAUAAUGUCUAGACUUAAACUAGCUAGUUUAUUCUCUUACCCAGUUUCUAAAUUUUGGGGAAAAACCUAUCCCUUAUGGGGAAAUUUCGGAAAAGCCUCUAUGGAGAAAUUCGGGGUGAUGGCGCAAGACCCUCAAACUUUCCCUAGAUUUGGGCAAAUCCCCAAACAUUUGGGAUAGACCAAUGGACUUUAUGGAAAACCCUGAAAUUCCCCAAAAUAGAGAGAUUGGGUAAUUUUGAAGUAACUUCAAUAAAUCAUUUGGAAAGUCCUUGGAUAAGGUUGUCUGCAGAAAGCGUUGUUUUUGAGUGAUUAUCAAUUUAUGGUCAGUCUACUUUCGCUAAAAGGAGGCAGGGAAAUUUGUAAGUAUUCCGUUAGACUUAUUCUUUAGGGAUCCCAGCUAAGCUAUCAAUGGAAUCCCUCAUAUAGGCCCAAAAGCAGAACUGAGAAUCCUCUUGAAUUAUCCUUUUACCUAGAGAUUGAAUUAGGGACCUUUCCAAUAGAACUUUGCUCUCCAGCCAUAAAAUGACCUGAAAACUGUCGGGACAAACUGAAGAUUGUGACAGACCGUUUCUGUACUCAUAAAGAAGAUUUGAACUUGCGAAUAGUCAAUAAUUCGUUCUUUAAAUUUUCCAUAGAACUCUUCGACGUCAGUUCUCCAGCCUGUUUCAGUUAUCUGGUUUGCUAUCCAUUACGAUUUCCUAUCACUGACCUUCACUAAUUUUCUUAUGAAGUGCUUUGAAAAGUAUGCAUGACCAGAUCGUUCAAAACUUAUAGCAUCAAUACAUCAAUUUUUUCUGAUCAAUUACGCCUUCUCAUUGUCCUAACAAAAUUUACACAAGGAAAUGCUUCAAGUUUGUAAAGAGAAGUAAAUUUGCGGACGAAUUAACGGAGUUAAGGAUAGCGUCUUGAACUUUGGCACAAAACCCAUUCAUUCAUAUGGUUAAGCAGUAUCUUGGCAUCUUAGUUAAUAUCAUUCGGGAGUGAAAAUUUUAACUAUCGUCCCUAACUCUGAUGUCUAACUCUAAAUGCUAAUCCCAACUCGUCAGACUAAUGUAUAAGCCUCUUUCAACUCUAGUAAGUAGUUGAAUUUUCCAAAGGUCACUUUAGCGUAGCUCAAGUGUCGUCCAUAAAUUAUGGUCAUGCUGCAAAUUCUUGUGUAAGUGUAGUGAAGCGAUAUGGUCAUUAUAGUGUCCUUCAUCACUACACAAAAUAUGGAGUCUCCUUACCUAGCGUUAUUCGUCAUAAAGAGCUAGAGUUUACAUUUAUUACCUAAGGACCGUAAGUAAUGAUAUUAUUUAAUACAGAAUUGUGAGAUAAUUAAAAUGGCACAUUCAUUUCGGAGUACGGCAUAUAACUAAGCAUGUAAUUGUCGAAUAGACUAAUUCAAUUCUAUUGGUUAACUUAUGCCUUACGUGUGAAUCCUAAUAUUUCUUUGUGCGGUUGUCUACCUGUCUGUCGAUCGUAUUACAUUAUUAUAUUGUCUUACAAAUACUCAAGACACGUUAACUAAUUGACACUCUGGUCAUUUCAUGUCCAUUUCAAUGCGAUACAGAUUAGAUCAGUCUAAUGUAGUCACGGACUUAUCUAACUACGAUACAAUUGCUGUAUAUUCUAUUACCCGUUUUAUUUUACUUCUAAUACAGUUGCUCGUGAUUCUAGUUACUAGUGUUGGUAAAAACCCGAUUCAGUUAAGAAGAGGUCUAAAUAUGGCUUUCAUUCAAUACUGUUAUUUUUCCAGUUCAGUUGUCUCCACUCAAUCCAAUUAUACUUUAACUAUUUGUCCCUACUAUAUAUGCUGGUGAAUUCCAUUACUGAAAUAUAUAUCCAAGAACAUUUGUGUUCUAGUUUUUACUUGAUUCGUUUCUCCUUGGUCAUCGAUUAUAAAGAUAACUAAUAUAACAGAAGCUGCAAGAUAGCUGCCUACAAAAACUUUUCGGUCUUAUAGUAAAUUCGUCAGAUUUCAGGAUUUAGAUGAAAAUACGUCUCAGGAUAUCAUACUAAAUACACGUGAAAUCGAAUUCAAAAUAUAGGAUUCUAUCAAUAAGUUUUUGUUUCGAUUAUGAAGUGGAUGUAGUCGAACGGGUUGGAUACCUGAAAUAAUGAAAGGUCUUAAUGAUCCGUUGUCUGAAAAUAGACGUAUAAGCUUUCACUUAUUGCUGUUACUUUGGCGUGAGUUAAGAGGUAAUUUCAUAUUUGCUUGCUAUACACAGAACAGUGGUUUUUGAACUAGUAUAUCCUAUUUAUUUCCUCCAUCUAGAACCGAUAACCUGGAACGACGUCGUCGGGAAAUCUCAGAAACCAAGAUCUAUUCGUUUGGUUUUGGAGUUUUGUUUAGCACAUCGGGCCGUGGAUUACUGAUAUUUGCUCUCAUAACAUAUGUUAUUAGCAACUAAUGAUUCAUACAAAGCGAAAUAAGGUCUUCACAGUACUAUAAAACUAAAGGAGUUGACAAAAGUUAUCUGACCUUCCGUCUUGACCAUUGGAGACUUUCGUAUACAUCUUGAUGGAUUGAGCACUUUUACAUUUGUUUCAUUCAUAAUAUCGAAUUGCACUCCACAAUAACUUCAUAUAAAUUUAUUCGAUUCCCGUUCUUUUUUGAAGCCUUAUUUUAGUAGAAACUGUCAAUAUUUCAUAUUCCCAGAUCUAAGAAAACUUCUGUGUCUUCCUUACCUGAGCGUUGCAUACUGAGUUUUUAGCCCCAUAUUCAUCCUUAUCUGUAUACAACUACAUAAUCAAGCCAUUCAUUGGUUGGAUUUCCACAUAUCAACGAGGGGUGCAAUAUUUCCACAUGUUCCUUAAAACAUUUCAAGAUUUAAAAGAUAUAAUAGUUAAUAAACCCGGUGUUUAUGAUGUUUAUUUAAAAACAAAUGAACCGAUUUCAGAAGAAAAAAUUCAAAUAUGGGAGUCGCUUAACGGCCUAACUUUGCCUAGUGAUUUAAAAGACUUUUAUCUAACUACUGAUGGCAUCGAACUUGGAUGGUACAGUAUUUGUAAUGAAAAAACAUCUGCAGCUGGACUGAUCAAGAUAAAUAAACUAGAGGAUUUCAAGUCCAUAAAAUUAAAUUGCAUAAAUCUUGAUGAAGAGACAAAAAACGACGAUUUCGAGGUAUUUGUAAACAGUUUCCUAGGCCCUGGAUUCAAUAGAUGGCCGAUUAGUUAUGAACUAGAAAAGUGUCUGAAUGGCGCCACGGUUAUUUAUGUUUUUAGUGAUAAUCAAAAGGGUGUUUUUAUUUUAAAUAAUGAUUUGAGUAUUCACAAAAUUUGCUGCACAUUUCAGCAGUACAUCAGAUUGGCAGUUGUACAUUUAGGCUUACAAGAUUGGCAAAUUUGGUACACUGACGAUGCACCAAUUCCAAGUAGCCAAGUAAUGUAUACUUUUUCUCAUCACUUUUUUCAGCAAUUAUGUUCUCUAUACACACCUGAACGUUUGUUUCUGAAUACACAUGAAUCUCACAAACAAUUUUUGGCUAACUUAGAAAACUGGGUUCCUGUUUCCUUUAACUCCAGGAAAUUACUGAACUUUGAAUUUUCUGGUAGGAUGAAUCGUUCUAAUUCUUUUGGAAAAACUACCGUUCAAUCCGAUAUGUCGAACAAAAACGGAAGUUCCGCUGACUCAUGGAACUCAAGAUCAAACGAUAUUGUGAAUACGAGUAGAAGGUCGAAAAAAUGAAAAUUUGAAGUUAUGUGUAUUAUGUAAAACUGUUGAAUAGUGUUUAUUUAUUUAUCCAACCUGAGGAUUUUGUAUAAUUAUUAAAUGAUCUUUGACUUCAACAAGUAUUCGUUUGUUUAGAACCACUAAUAUAAAUUCUAUUUCGAAAUAUUUAUCUGGAAAGAUGAUUACUUGUUUUCCCUUAUUUGCAAGUUAGCCUAUGAAUAAAUCUAUCUACAUGUUAGU